AUAUGACAGCUUGGCUCGUGGCAAUCGUUUCUUGAUAGACCACCUCAAUUGGAUUGGAUUGCUUUCAUGGAUUCAUUCCCCUUUUCUUUUCUUCCUUUCUCUCUAUGUUAUUAGUUUCGCCUUUCUUACACUUUUAUACAUAAACCCCCCUUUUCCCGGCCCCUUAUUAGCUUAUCAGAUCACCACCGGAACUGAAAAAGUAAAUUCUUGAUUUUCCGGCGAUGGAAGGAUCGGGAGGAGCCGCCGAGAAGAGGAAGCACAGCCGGCAAAGCCAGCAGGAGAAGCCGUACAGAGGGAUCCGCAUGAGGAAGUGGGGGAAGUGGGUCGCCGAGAUUCGCGAGCCGAACAAGCGCUCCAGGAUUUGGCUCGGCUCCUACUCCUCCCCCGUCGCCGCCGCCCGCGCCUACGACACCGCCGUCUUCCACCUGCGCGGCCCCUCCGCCCGCCUCAACUUCCCGGACUGCAUCGCCCGCGACGACCAGCUCCGCGACCUCUCCGCCGCUGACAUCCGAAAGAAAGCUACUGAGGUCGGAGCCCGCGUCGACGCCCUCCAGUCGGCUCUCCAUGCAUCCGCGGCCGAGCCGACCUCCCCGACCCUCAACCAGAACCGGGUCGUCCUGUUCAAACCCGACUUGAAUGAGUACCCUAGCCCCGAAAGCUCCGAGGAAGAUAUCUAAAUCUCUCAAGAUAGUGACUACGGGUUUUCCUAAUGGAUCAGAAAAAUAGGGUUACCUUAUUUCUGUGGUUGUGUAUGGUUAGGUUUUGGUUUCACAAUAUUUUAUGGUAACCCUUAGCUCCAUGAUUGAUGAUGAUGUUCUUCAAUAUAAUCCAAAGGGAUUAUAUGUUAAUAUUUACUUUCAGGUUUUUGAUCGAGUAGCUAUUUUCUUCAACUUUAUAAUCAAGAAAAAAGCAUAUAUAUAGAAUAUUAACAACUCAAAUCA